CCGCUUGACAUGUGGGUCAUGGACUCUGGUGCUGCAGGAACAAUGACACCAUGCAAGGACUUGCUGGAUGCUGUGCGAGUGCCUCCAAUCUCUGAAGUGCGCUCAGCAUCCGGACAUGCAGUGAAGGUCGCUGGAGUUGGUCGAGCUGCAUUCAGAGCACCUGAUGGUGGACUGGUUGUGCUGUAGGACGUGUUACUUGUACCAGGGCUGAAGGGGCCAGGCCGGAGUCAGCACCACCACCAACGGAUCCAAAACAUUCAAGGGGCUGCGAGGAGAUCGUGUGUUAUGGGAUUUACACGAAAGCAGAGAUGUCUUCAGAUCCAUGUGGCAGAUCCCUGCACUGAUAUGGGAAUCAACAAAGAAGGAGUUGGGAAUAGUAAAGGCGGGAUCUGGAGUCCAGGGGGAGUGCAAGGCAGUUAGUGCUGCAGGAGUGACGGUUUCUGCAAGGUCGGGGGAGACUGAUUGGGAAACCGCACACAGGCGUCUGGGGCAUGUGGCUAUGCCAUUGCUGCAGCAACUGCAUAAGGAAGGAGCAGUAAAGGGGCUGAAGCUGUCUGGGCAACCAAAUGAUACCAAGUGCGAGACGCGUCUGCUGAGCAAGUUCACACGGUUCCCCUUUCACGGUGUAGCUGGGAAAAGCAAGGCAGCACUGGAACUGGUGCACAUGGACCUGGUAGGACCUUUUCCAGUUCGAGGAAGUAAGGGGGAAAGGUACUUCCUGACAAUAGUUGAUGACUGGAGUCGGCUGAUGUGGGCAUACCCGUUGAAGCAGAAGGAUCAUGCUGCCUCAACAAUACAAGAUGACUGGCUGCCGUUCGUCGAGCGACAAUCUGGGCACCCAUGCAAGAGCAUCAGAACCGACCGAGGUGGAGAGUUUCUAGGAGGAGAUCUGACUGCGUGGCUCAAGAAACAAGGCAUUGAGCAUCAGCUAACGACGUCCUAUACCCCUCAGUCAAAUGGCGUUGCUGAGAGGGCUAAUAGGACCAUCCUGGAAACUGCGCGAGCGCUGCUGAUCGAAUCAGGGCUGGGGAACUCCAUGUGGCCUCAUGCGGUGAGGCAUGCUACAGUGGCAAGGAACCGCGUACUCACAAAGGUGGCUGAUGAUAUGUGGGUGCCGCUGGAGAGGUGGCUUGGAAAGGAGCCUCCAGUGGACAUGCUCAGAAAUGGCAACGAGAAAGCUGCUGAGCUCUAGAAGUGGAGGAGCCACAACUGAGCACCAGGAACAGGCUCAAGGCGAAGAUGCAGUGCUGUUCUUGGGUGAUGACCAAGAGUCAGAUGACGAGGAGCCUGCAUACUGCUUUUACGCACCA